AAUCACAAUGGAUUUGAUAUUAUCCCGCUUGAAGCAACUCACCGCUGAUGAGCUUAGAGAAGAAAUUGUAAAAACGGGACUGAAGUGUGGACCCGUUACCUCAACCACUAGGUCUAUUUUUGAAAAAAAAUUGGCUCGAGCUUUGUUGGAACAGCAAGGAGCAUUGGAGGAGAAAGGAUCUAGUCUUUCAAAGGAGGCUGCUGGAAACAUCCCUUCUGAUAGCAGCCAGACAGAGACACGAAAGGCUUUGAAAACCUCAGCAAUGAAUCACAACCAUCAUGGAAAUGCUGCUGAGGAGGUAGACUUCGGGUACUGUGUAGGUCUGAACCCUCCAGAAGAAGAUGCUGUGAUUCACAGGAACGGUUCAGCUUCAGUUUGUGGAGCAGCGCAUGUUGAUUCACAAAUCAGUGCUCAGACUCCUUCCAAAGAUCCCCCGCUAUACUAUGGUGUUUGUCCAGUCUAUGAUGACAUAUUGGCAAGAAAUGAGAGAGUACAUGUUUAUGAAGAUAAAAAGGAAGCUCUCCAAGCUGUUAAGAUGAUUAAAGGCUCCCGAUUCAAAGCUUUUUCAAACAGAGAAGAUGCUGAGAAAUUUGCUAAAGGAAUCUGCGAUUACUUUCCAUCUCCGAGCAAGUCCUCUUUAUGUCUAUCUCCAGUGAAGAUGGGAUCAUUUAACAGAGAUGGCUUGUGCUCCCCUGAGACUGAAACUGCUAAUAAGGAAAGGGCCAACAGUUACAAGAGUCCACGUACUCAAGAUCUUACUGCUAAACUUCGGAAAGCUGUUGAAAAAGGAGAUAUAGCAACAUUUUCAGAACUUAUCUGGAGUAACCCUCGCUAUCUGAUUGGAUCUGGAGACAAUCCAACAGUUGUUCACGAGGGGUGUAGGUACAACGUCAUGCAUGUUGCUGCCAAGGAGAAUCAACCUGCUAUCUGCCAGUUAUUACUAGACACUUUGGAGAAUCCCGAGUUUAUGCGGCUCAUGUAUCCUGAUGACAAUGAUACAAUGUUGAAGAAGCGCAUCCGAUAUAUUGUUGACCUUUACCUUAAUACACCGGAUAAAAUAGGAUUUGAUACUCCAUUGCAUUUUGCCUGCAAGUUUGGGAAUUUGGAUGUUGUUAAUGUGCUUACCUCACAUCCAACUAUUGUAAAAAAUCCAAGAAAUAAGUAUGAUCAAACUCCGGCACAGGUGGUUUGUGAAAGAAGCAAGAAUAAAUCUGCAGAACUGAAAGAAAAGAUAAGAGAGUAUUUGCAAGGUCGAUACUAUGUACCGCUCUUGAGAGCAGAUGACAAUUCCUCAGCUCCUGUAAUUGGUGCACCAUGGUCGCCCGAUCAGACGGACGGUAGCCCCCAAACAUCUUUACCCAUGUACCAUGGCAGCCCCAAAGAUCCAGUGCUGUCAAUAAGAGCUUUUGCAGGCCCUAUGAGCCCCUCCAAGGCUGAAGAAUUCCGCAGGCUUUGGAAGACUCCGCCUCGAGAGAGAGCUGGCUUCUUUCACAAUGUCAGGAAAUCUGAUCUGGAAAGAGGUGUUGAAAGAGUUGGAAGGGAGUUAGCUCAUGAACAGGGGUUCCCGUGGGUUGAAUACUGGGAAUUUCUGGGCUGUUUUGUUGAUCUGUCUUCCCAGGAGGGGUUGCGAAAAUUAGAAGAGUACCUGAGUCAUCAGGAAAUGAGCGAAAAGGCUCAGCAAGAAACAGGGGAAAAUGAAACCUGCAACAGAUACAAAACUCCACAUCCUUCUGGCAAGAGUAAGAAGUGCUGCAAUUCUAUUUCUGUUGGAGCAUUUUUGGAUGAGGACGAUGAUGACAUGAGCUUAGAAGAAAUCAAAAACAGACAGAAUGCGGCACGUAAUAACAGUCAACCUCUUGCAUCUAAAGAACCUAGCAUAGAUGCUCUUGGGGACUCCGAGUGUGAUAUCUUGUCAAUGGAGCGUGCAGUCAACAUCAUAGAAACGUCAGAUCACCCCAGGCACUAUGAAAAGGCAGUUUCUUCCAGCAGAAAUGGGUUUUGUAAUCCUGUGGCCAGUGAAAGGAUAAUUAGUGACAGAAAGCAUUUGCGUGAUGGAGAAGAAUGCCUGGUGUCCCAUGUCUGCAAUUUAAUGCCAAAAUUUGAAAGACUGUCAUUCCGAGAGCAAGAGGUAGCAGGAGAAUCGAGUAAAAUCACUGAAAAAAGUGGGAAUGUGGGAAUUCUGGCUGAAGGAACAAGUCAGGUGAGAACAUCCAAGGACCAGCUGGAUAAGACUUGCUUUGCAAUUUCACUGGCCAACCCUGCUGAGCCAAGUGUUACGGGUAGACCUGGAGAGACCAAGUUAAGGACAGAAAAAAUACCUUCAGAAAUGGAGAGAUCUGUGGAAUCUGGAAUUCAGACUAAUGAGGCACGAAAAUGUCAAGAAUCUUCUUCCCAGAAAUUUCUUUUGAAGACGUCACCCACAAAUGAGAAUUCUAAGAAGUUAUUUCUCCUUGGGGAGCAGCCAUCAAAACUGGAUAGUGAUGUCUUAGCAGCUAUAGAAGCAGCAGAGAUUGAUCCACAGAAGUACCCUGUUAUUUGCAAGUGGAAACAUGCAGUGGAGUCCUACUCUUCAUCUGACAGGCAAAGUUGGCCAAGUCCAGCUCUGAGGGGAAGAUUCAAGUCCCAAACCGUUGCUGCUGGCCCUCCAAAUGCCUCUGUGUAUUCUAGUCCAGGAAGAAAUAGUCCAGUGCUGGGCAGUCCAGGAAAAUACAGCCAUGCAGCCGCCUUGUCUCCAGACCUGGGGAGUCCUGGACGCUACAGCCCAGCUUGUGUCAACCACGCGCUCUUAAAACUGCGUUACUUUUCAGAGCCUCCUGCCCACUAAAAUAUGUUUCAUCUUCUCGGGACUUCAAUUAUAUUUUCUUUGUUAGAGUGGAG